UGUAAUCUGGAAAGAAAGAUGCCUUUACUUCUGGCCGUCUGGAGGCUUUCUUUCUCUGAAGUUCAGGAAUUUGGCGAUGAGGUGCUGCGGUCUCUCCGAUUUCUUCCCAACGUGGUGUGCUGUUUCAAGGGUGACGGUAGUGGAUUUCCUCAGUGACCUUGGAGUUUUACCGUCACUAUGAAAAGACAGAAAAAUACUGAUGAGUUGAUGGAUAAGAAAUUAAAAGAUAUGAGCUCCACCAUGGAUCUUGUGGAAGGGAAAAAUGAUGGGAUCCUGCCCUCUAAAAACGCUACACCGGGGAAACUUUGUGGGCCCACUGAAGCUCAGAGACAAGAGCAGCAGCAGACCAGAUCACCUGCACCCAGCUCUGUUUUGAUGAAGAGCAAUCAUUCAAAGGAGUCACCUCUUGCUUUUAACAGACAACAAUCUUCUGGAAAAAAGACUGGGGAGGUGAGGCCUGGUUGUCCUGUAUCCAGCUGUGAUUCAGUCAUGAGUGACCACUCAAAGGACCCACCUCAUAAUUUUAACAAAGAGCAGGCUUCUGGCACAGAACUGUAUCAGGACAUCUCAGAGGUUCAUAGUGGUUCAUCUGUAGUGGACCAUCAAACAGACAUAGACUCAAUAUUUAAGCUGCUUGAAGAGAGUAUUUUCACUUUUGUGAAAGACGAGUUGAGGCGGAUUCAAGGGCUUUUAAAAUCAAAGUGUUCAGAUGAAGAAAUGGACACCGAUAUGAAUGAGGGCACGAGGAGCUGCAGAGAGGCAUUUCAAAAAAUUGCACUGCACUUUCUGAGAAGAAUAAACCACGAGAACCUGGCUGAUUGUCUGCAGAGCAGUAUUACAUUUUUACAGCUGCAUUUUAAUGGACAGUAUGUGAGAAAGGAAGACGAAUCCCCUGCAGUGUGUCAGCGUAAACUUAAAACUAGUUUAAAAAGGAAGUUCCAGUGCUUGUUUGAGGGGACUGCUAAAACGCGAAACCCAACUUUUUUGAAUGACAUCUACACAGAGCUCUACAUAACAGAAGAAGGGACUGGAGAGGUCAGCAAUGAACAUGAGGUCAGACAGAUUGAAACCGCUGUGAGGAAACCAGCCAGACCAGAAAGAACGAUCACAUGUGAGGAAAUCUUUAAAGCCUCAUUAGGUAAAGAUCAGCCAUGUAGAACAGUGCUGACAAAGGGAGUGGCUGGCAUUGGGAAAACAGUCUUGACACAGAAGUUCACUCUGGACUGGGCUGAGGACAAAGCUAACCAGGACAUCCAGUUCACAUUUCCAUUCACCUUCAGAGAGCUGAACCUGCUGAAGGGUACAAAUUUCAGUUUGGUGAAACUUGUUCAUCAUUUCUUUACUGAAGCCAAAGAAGCAGGACUCUGCAGCUUUGAGGAAUUAGAGGUUGUGUUGAUCUUUGAUGGCCUGGAUGAGUGUCGACUUCCUCUGGACUUCCAAAACAAUAAGAUCCUGACUGAUGCUCGACAGCCCACUUCAGUGGAUGUUCUGCUGACAAACCUCAUCUGUGGGAACCUGCUUCCCUCUGCUCGGCUAUGGAUAACCACACGACCUGCAGCAGCCAAUCAGAUUCCACCUGGAUAUGUUGACAUGGUAACAGAGGUCAGAGGGUUCACUGACCUACAGAAGGAGGAGUACUUCAGAAAGAGAUUUGGAGAAGAGGAGCAAGCCAGGAGGAUCAUAUCUCACAUAAAGACUUCGCGAAGCCUGUACAUCAUGUGCCAUAUCCCUGUAUUCUGCUGGAUCACUGCUACCGUUUUGGAGGAUGUGCUGAAAACUAGAGCAGGAGGAGAGCUGCCCAAGACCUUGACUGAGAUGUACAUCCACUUCCUGGUGGUUCAAGCAAAACUGUGGAGCGUCAAGUAUGACAUUGGAGCUGAGGCGGAUCCACACUGGAAUCCAGGGAGCAGGGAAAUGGUUUUGUCAUUGGGAAAACUAGCAUAUGAGCAACUGCAGAAAGGUCACUUGAUCUUCUAUGAAUCAGACCUGACAGAGUCUGGCAUGGAUCUCAGAGUGGCCUCGGUGUACUCAGGAUUGUUCACACAGAUCUUUAAAGAGGAGAGGGGGCUGCACCAGGAGAAAGUGUUUUGCUUUGUUCAUCUGAGCAUUCAGGAGUUUCUGGCUGCUCUUUAUGUCUUUCUGACUUUGACAAACUCUGGCGUGAAUCUGUUUCAGUCUGAAACUUGGUGGUCAAAUGUAUUCAGGGACAAAUCUAAGCUAUCAUACCUUUUCCAAGGUGCUGUGGACAUGGCUGUACAGAGUCCAAAUGGACACCUGGACUUGUUUCUCCGCUUCCUCCUGGGUCUUUCCCUGCCGACAAAUCUUACGCUUCUUGGUGGGUUGAUGAAACAGACAGGAAAUAUCUCUGUUGCCAAAGAGGUAACGAUUAAGUAUAUAAAGAGCGUGAUCAGGAGGAGUCUGUCACCAGAGAGAAGCAUUAACCUGUUCCACUGUCUGAAUGAGCUGAAUGACCAUUCUCUGGUUGAGGAGAUCCAACAGUACCUGAAUUCAGGAAGCCUUUCCACAGAUAAACUGUCUACUGCUCAGUGGUCAGCUCUGGUCUUCAUCUUACUGUCAUCAGAAGAAGACCUGGACAUGUUCGACCUGAAGAAAUACUCUGCUUCUGAUGAAGGUCUUCUGAGGCUGCUGCCUGUGAUCAAAGCCUCCAACAAAUCUCUGUUGAGUAGCUGUAAUCUGACAGAGAGAUGCUGUGAAGGUUUGGCCUCAGUUUUUAGCGCUCAGUCUUCCACUCUAAGAGAUGUUGAUCUGACAAACAACAACCUGCAGGACUCCGGACUGAAGUUGGUGUCUUCUGGACUUAAGAAUCCACAGUGUAGACUGGAAAAGCUGAGGUUGAACCAAAACAAUCUCACAGAGAAAUGCUGUCAAGAGCUGUCAUUAGUUCUAGAGACGUCUCAUUUGAGAGAAUUGGACUUGAGUUACAACAAUCUGCAGGACUCUGGACUGAAGCAGCUCUCUGCUGGGCUAAAAGGUCCAAACUGUAGACUGGAAACACUCAGGCUGAUUGGCUGUAAUCUGUCAGAGAAAAGUCAUGAUACGCUGUGUUUCAUUCUCACUUCCUCUAUUCUGAGAGAGCUGGACCUGAGCAACAACAACCUGAAGGAUUCAGGAGUGAUGCUCUUCUCUGAACUGGAAAAUCAACAUUGCAGACUGGAAACUCUCAGAAUGAGUCGAACUGGUCUCACAGAGCAAUGCUGUCAAGAGUUAUCAUCAGCUUUAUGCACAAAGGCGUCUAGUCUGAGAGUGCUGGACUUGAGUGACAAUGACCUGCAGAGCUCAGGAGUAAAACUGCUCUGUGAGGGACUUGGAAGUCCACACUGUCAACUCCAAACUCUAAGGCUAACUCAAACCAACCUCACAGAGAAAUGCUGCAAUGAAAUCUCAACAAUUCUUAGCUCCCAGUCUUCGAGUCUGAGAGAUCUGGACCUCAGUAACAAUGAUCUGCAGGAUUCUGGAGUGACAUUUUUGUCUGCAGGACUGCAUAGUCCGUACUGCAUGCUGAAAACUCUCAGCCUGAGUGGCUGCAGGUUAUCAGAAAGAACUUGUGACGUUCUGAUGUCAAAGUCUACCAGUCUAAGAGAGCUGGACUUAAGUAAGAACAACCUGCGUGAUUCAGGCAUCAAGCUUUUGUCUACUGGGCUGACGAGUCCACACUGUAGGCUGGAAACUCUGAGGUUGAAUCACACAAAUCUCACAGAGAAAUGUAGUCAAGAUGUCUCACUGGUCCUCAGCUCUGACUCUUGCAGUCUGAGACACCUGGAUUUGAGUAACAAUGACCUACAAGAUUCAGGAGUAAAACUGCUUUCUGCUGGACUGAGGAGCCCACACUGUAGACUACAAACGUUUGGAUUGUCAGGCUGUUUGAUCACAGCAGAUGGCUGUACGUCUUUGGCGUCAGCUCUGAGGUCCAACCCCUCCUAUCUGAAAGAACUCAACCUCAGUUAUAACCAUCCAGAUGAAUCGGGAGUAAAGCUACUAUCUGUGGGACUGAAGGAUCCAAAGUGGAGACUGGACUCCCUCAGCGAGGACCACGGUGGUCUUCAGAGGCUGAAAUCUGGUCUGAGGAAGUAUGCAUGUGAACUAACACUGGACCCAAACACAGCCCACAAAAAUGUUGUCCUGUUUGAGAACAACAGAAAAGUAAGACUGUCACCAGAGAAGCAGCCAUAUCCCGAACAUCCGGACAGAUUCGACUGGUGCUACCAGCUGCUCUGUACAACGGGUCUGACAGGCCGCUGUUACUGGGAGGUGGAGUGGAAAGGAGGGGUUGAUAUUGGAGUGACUUACAGAAGCGUCAGAAGGAGGGGAGCUCUAGAUGGCAGCAGGCUUGGAUGGAAUGAGAAAUCAUGGAAUUUAGAGUUCAAUGAUAAAAACAUCUACGCCUGGCACAAUAAUAUAAAAACAGCUCUCCUUGCUCCUCUGUCCUCUGCCUCUCAAAGAGUGGGAGUAUAUUUGGACUGGACUAGGGGCACUCUGGCUUUCUACGCAGUCUUGCCUGAUUCAGAGAUUCACCUGUACACCUUUUUCUGUGGUGCCUUCACGGAACCACUUUACCCUGGGUUUGGGUUCUUAUCAAUAGACUCUUCUGUGUCACUGUUAGAAAUAUAAUCUAUCCAAAAAAGGCUAAUUUUCCCUGGUAAAAUAGUCAUAGGUCUCAGUAAUGCAGCAAAAAAAAUUAUGCAAAAUAUUUAAUAGAUGUUAAAAAGAAGAGGCUGUGGAAAGUAAGGCUGAGAUUUUUAAAAAUGCACCUUUUGUCUAAAAAAAAAAUGUUUUGUUUUUUUUCUAUAGUUUUAAUAUUUGAAUAUCUGACAGACAAAUGUUGCUUCUUUUUUGCUAAUGAAGUCAAAGUUUGGACAUCAAGCUUGGUAUGAAAAAAGUAACCAACUAUAAGAAAAAGAAGAAAACAAGCACCAAGAAAUUUGACUGUAAGUGAUGAGAUCAGCCAAUGAUAGAAGUCAUUUUUAAGUAAAGAUCAUGUUUAUUGGAAUAUGUUUAACCUCCUAGGACCUGGCGUCCACAUAUGUGGACAUCACAUUUUGGGUUAUUUACACCAAAAUACUCAAUUUUGCUCUACAAGGGCCUGAUAUCCACUUACGAGGACAUUAUACUGCUACUGUUCUAUCGAAAUUUUAAACGAAUAUCCUCAUAUGUGGCUCUCAUUUUUCUUAGAAACAAAACUCAGGUAAUUCUUUGUUUUUAUAUUCAUUGGGUCCCAAUAUGCCCAAAUAUCAAAGAGAAAUUAAAAAUACAUGCCAUGGAAGAGUUUGGGUCUUAGGAGGUUAAAUUAAAAGGUUAAACUCUACAUUUUUAGGGGGGGGUUCUUGUUUGUUGUUGUUGUUUUUACAUGCAAUUUUUAUUUAAUUUAAUCCUGAACAUUUUGUGGCUUGUGGUGUUUUGGAAAUUGAAAACAUUAUUAUUAUUAGUAGUAGUAGUAGUAGUCAUUUUUAGCCAGGCCUUCAUCAUUUCGUUUGUGCGCAUCGUCUGAGGCUUCUAAAUUUCUUAAUUACAAACAAAUCGAGGUACAAAAAUCACUGAUUUUUAUUAUUCAUAUGGAUGUUUUCCUCACAGGUUUGUAUGCAGGCAGUGUGACGGUAAAUGUAGAAUAACCAGGUGACAUAACCCAUGUGUUUCUUUGGAUUGUGGAAGAAAG